CCGGGGCUGAGGCGGUUCCGGGGCCCGCCCGACAUCCCUCCAUCCCUGACUGAGGAGGCGGAACGGCGGCUAGGGAUGCUUGCGCCGGGAGGCAGAGGAGCGGCGGCGGCCAAGGGCAUCCGCGCAGAGGAGGGCAUGGCGGCAGCGCGAACCUAAAGAUGGAAAGAGCUGGGAGAGGAGGGGGAGGAGGAGGCAGGAAUGCAGGAGGGGGCUCCAGCAGCAGCAGAAGCGGCCCCUAUCCCCAGGCCCAGCAGUCCCCAUGUCCGCACUACCCCCCACCCACAGGCACCCCCGUCUGCCAACCCGGGGCCACCGUGGAAAUCCAGGAGCUGGCCUCCAAGAGAGUGGACAUCCAGAAGAAGAGGUUCUACCUCGAUGUCAAGCAGAGUCCCCGGGGCCGCUUCCUGAAGAUUGCCGAGGUCUGGAUAGGGAGGGGCCGGCAGGACAACAUCCGCAAGAGCAAACUGACCCUUUCACUGUCUGUGGCGGCAGAGCUGAAGGAGUGCCUGGGGGAUUUCAUCGAGCACUAUGCCCACCUGGGCCUGAAAGCCCACCGGGACCGAGAGCCCGACGCCAGGAGGCGUCCCCAGUCCUCAGCGCCGUCACCCCCGACCUCCGUGAUGUCUGAGGAGCACCCUCACAGCGUGCUCAAGACAGACUACAUCGAAAGAGACAAUAGGAAGUACUAUCUGGACCUGAAGGAAAAUCAGCGGGGCCGCUUCCUCAGGAUUCGGCAGACCCUGACCCGAGGCCCUGGAGGGAUGGGUUACUUUGGGCACACUUUGGGCCAGGAGCAAACGAUUGUCCUCCCGGCCCAGGGAAUGAUUGAGUUCAGGGACGCCUUGGUCCAGCUCAUUGAAGACUACGGUGACAGUGACCUAGAAGAACCACAGAGAGGAGGGGAAGAGGAGCCCCUCGAGCUGCCGGAGGGCACGUCCUUCAGGGUGGACAACAAGAGGUUCUACUUUGAUGUGGGCUCCAACCGCUACGGCGUUUUCCUGAAGGUAAGUGAGGUGAGACCCCCUUACCGGAACACCGUCACUGUUCCGUACAAAGCAUGGACACGAUUUGGGGAGAAUUUUAUCAAGUAUGAAGAGGAGAUGAGGAGAAUUUGCAGCAGCCAUAAAGAACAGAGGAUGGAUGUCAGAAGGGACAGUGGCGAAGAACAAGAAGGUCUCGACUAGAGCACCCGUGAACUGUCUGUCUGUCCUCCAUCUGUCGUGAUUUGGAGAACCAUUCCUUCCUUUGAGGGCCCCUCCUUGCCCAUUCCACCUCUCGUCCCUCCACUUUCAGGAGGCUGCUUGUCCUAGUUACACUACGUAGAACCCAGUAGAACCCGCCCUGGGAGGUCGUGGGAGAACUUCAGCCUUCCCAGAGCUGUGGCCUUGGCAGCAUCAAGCACUCAAGACUCUUGACCCAGGCAGGUCAGCACAGUGGGGACAUUCUGACCUUUAGAUUAGAUUGCACUAUUACCCAAUCCCAAGAAGACACUUGAGCCUGCUGUGGAAGGCUGGGCUUUCUACCUGACAGGUUUCCCCCCCCAAAAAAAGGAGAAUUUAGGAAAAAGCUGCUAGGAUAAAUCAUAGGGAAUUUGCCACCAGAACAGAACUGGACUACCCAUAGUCUGCAUUGAUGCUUACAAGCAAACUUAGAAAUCGUAAGAUGUCUGAAACGCUCACACUACACAAGGGUCCGAGUCUUGGGAGCCACCUCUCUCUCUAGGAAGCUGAUUGGCAUACUGUAAUUGGAUGAGUUAGAAUGCCGUAGUGUUUUGUGAUUGCAUCAUUUGGGCUUCAUCGUGCCCUUGACACAUACCACCUCAAAGCCAAGAGGGAGAGGGAAAGUGCGAUCCCAAGCUGGUAGAGAUGGGCCCGGUAGUCAGUCAGUCCCAAGAUUCAUGUCCUGGCAGGAUGCCCUUCAACAGGGACCGUGUCAAACAAGAUGGAUAGCGUGAAUGGGUUUCCAAAUUGCAGACUAUUUUUAUGUCCCUGUUGGGCGGUGGGGGGCAGUCCACUUUGUGGCUUUGUGGUGGAAUGUGGGCAGUUAGCAUUUUCUGAUGAUCUGAGAUCUCUUCUCAGAUGUUAGCUAGCCAACAGUUUCAGGGUGGCAAGUGAAAGUAUCAUUUGUAGGUUUCUCCUUGGAAAGAGUAGUUAAUGGUUGGGUGAACUGCUUAGCAGAUAGAUCCGGAAAUCCAUCCGUGAUUACGGACUUGAGUAGCACCUUUGUGAUUCAGCUGAUGAGGCUGUCUCAGCACUUCCAAUAGCAACGGGUCAUGUACAGGCUGGCUACGUCCAGAGAAAGAAUUUCCCCAGACUGUGUGCCACGGUGGGAGACGGUUAUUUAAAGCUCGCUUGUAGGCACAUUUCAGAACAAAACACGAGGUGCUUUUGUAACCCUUUACGUGGUUUUCUUUGCAGAAGAUCUACCCUUUUAUCUAUUUUUAAUAUUCUUUUUAAGAAAGCCCCAGCAAUUUUUCAUCACCUAAUUGGUUUUUUCAACAAGUGAGCACACAGUACAUUUGUGCUCCAACCAGCUUUUUUUUUAAUUGAAGGAGAUUUCAUCUCUCCAGCUGCAUUUUCUUGUGAAUGAGAUGAUUGCCCUUUGUCCUGGCUUCAGUCUGCUCUCUGGUCAUCUAAGAGCCAAACACUGACUUCAGUCCCCAGGAUCAGCUCUCCCAGAUCUCUGGCAGAGCUGGUUGCAGGGAUUGAAGACAGGACAUGGCCUUUAUCAUAUGUGGUUUUUUUAAAAAAAUCUAAAAUAUUUUAACAAAAAAAGUUUUGCACUAAAGUUGCCCCAGAAUGCACUUCAGUAAGUGGGAUCAGAAAGUAUCACGGUUCUGAGGGAAACAGGAGAAUCGAGAGGGCGACCGCUCCUUUCUGUGACCCAGCAGCACUUUAGGGCACUAGGGCUCGGGGACCUUCGUGAGCUCAUUGCAUGUCACUGAACCGUCUGGAUCUCCCUGAAGCUGCUGACAAUGAGAAGGUAACAGUGGCACCUUGAGCUCCUGAUACGCAUGGUGGGGGUCGAGGCUGUUUGCAAGAAGCCGCAAAUGUGAGUAGAAAGAUUCCGUGGCUUUGCUUAAAGUCCAGUGCUGUACACUUGGACCCCUGGCUACGCAAGGCCCUGGGCCGCUGGGAGGACUGCCUUGUCAGAUUCCAGCCCCCACCACUGGGGGGGCCCACCGGCACGGAGGCCCGGCUGCCCAGCCCGGCCAGGCGGGCAUUCCUACCUAAAGUUGUCUCUUUCAUUGUUCCAGUCUAAAGCGUGUGGCGUCAGUUGAUAGUAAAUGCUUCCUCUCUCAGGUUUCAUUAGUCUGAUGCAGAGGAAGUCUCUGUGCACCAAUGCAAAUGCUUGUAACCAGUGUUCGUGUUGGCAUCAUUUUGCACCAGGUUUUUUUGUAGAAUAAUUAUAUAAUGGAUUAGUUGAGCAAAUAACAUUCCAACAUGGAUACAUCCUGUACAAGGAAAAAAGGCAUCUGACAGCUUUCAGUUGGACUGAUGAGUUUCAACUGUCGUGGUCUAGUUAUAGCCAAUCUACUGAAUAUUCUGUAAACUAAAUAAUGUGUGUAACUACUUAAUCCCUUUCUUUCUGUUUCCCGUAAUCGAUACUUCUUUGAAAAAAUGGAGGGAAAUGGUGUUUUUGUAAGGAAGACGCCCAAGAAGUCACUAGCCAUAGGCUGACAAAAUCCAACUCAGAAUUCUGAUGCCCAGGCACCUACCUAUUGCCAGGUAUCUCCUAAAAUAAGCUAUUCUAUUGGCGUGUGCAAUACAUAUUUUAUUUGUUGUCAUUUAUCAUUUUGACAUGAAAUUGUACAAAAGAAGGGGAAGCCCCUGCCUUGAAGAUACUCAAUUCUAAAGGUGCCUGGCUUUCCAAGGGCACAAAAGCGCAUUUCUGUUUGGAACCUGCUGCAUUUACUCUUUUUCCAAACCAAAACCACUUGUUCUCUGUGCAGUCCAAAAGCACUUGAUAUUUGCACAUUGGAAUUCAAGGAGAAAAAGUCCAAAUCUAAGAACAUGAGCUUAUAGGGUUAGAUUUGAAAACGGUUCCUCCCUCCCCAUGGUAAGUAAGGUAGUGAUGGUGGCCCCAGAGGGAAGAGCAUUACCAUAUCCUGGGGGGGCUCAUCUUCAGCUGUGUUUGCAAAGCGUUUUCAUUGUUUCAACCCCAAUAAUGUCCAUGUCCCUUAAACUUGAGUAAAACACACAAGCAUAUUUGCACUAAAGAACAUGGCCAAAAACGAGAUCAAACUAGGACAGGGUGGAGACAAGGAGUUGGAACCUCUUGAAAUAAUUGGUUCUUUGGGAGAAUUUCACAUUCAAGCCCCCACCUCUAUUUUAAACCUGUAUGGUCCAGGCAGAAGCAUCUGCCCCUUUCACUGAUUUAAUGAUUUAAUAAUGAUGAUGCACUUUACCUUUUGUAUAUAAUGUGUACAUUGCUGCUGCCUGGUGGGUGGAAUGUGCUUUGGUAGAACUGUCUAGUCAGUAUCUCUGUAGAGUGUUUUUUUGCAUGUAGAUGUUUUCUUAGCGCUAUUGUAUUCACUAGAGCCCAGUGAUUUGGUGUCAUAGAGAAGGGCAGGGGGGGAAAAAAAAGAAAAUUACAAUCUCCAAACAAUUGAUCAUGGAUUUUAAAGUAGGCUUAAUAUCUGUAUUCAUAAAGGUUCAGAACCAAUAAAAAGAGAUUCUUCCGUGGUUCAGUAUUCUAACAUUACUCAAUAAGGAUUCCCCCAAGUUCAUUUUGGUGGAUUUCUCUAAGCUGUCCUAACAGCAGUGGUCAUUCCAAGUCAGGUUGCCUCCUUUCUGCUGCUGGUGAAAAGGCCAAGUCUGUGACAGUGUGGUUGUUGAUUGUAACUGGAGGGGAUUGCUGCUGUGCUAUGUUAGAAUCUUAAGGUUGUCAGUGAAGCCUGGCAGUGUCCAGAAAAUAGAGACCCAAUCCACUGAAGGACGGACUGGCCACAUUCAAGAAGUGCAAAGGCAUAGCUGCGAUUGGCCACAACCGGUCCAGGCUGUUUACAAAUUGGCACGAGUUGGACCUUGCUUCAAUCCCAGUCCUGGGGAAUACCCCGGGGCCCCCUUCUAUUACGAUUUCUGGGUGACUUCUGUGUGAGAUGUCCUGCUAAAAAAUGGGUUAAAUGGUACUUCACAGCUAUGUACGCAAGAAAGAGCAUUUCUUCCUGUCUUUUGAUCAAAGGGCGCUACAUGCCUGCAUUUGUUAUAUGUGUGUGUAUAUAAGUACAUAUUUAUGAAUAGGCAUACUAUUUUAGACUCUAUUUCUAUGUGUUUAUAUUGUAGUUUUGCAAAUUUUUCAGUGAAACAAUCAAUUUAGCUGAGCUGCACAAUUUAAAGAUGAGGGAAGAAAACCUCUUAGAGAUACUUAGUUUUCAAAAACAGCUUUAUAUCACUAAAGGUCAUGCAUAUAUUAUUUGCCAUCUCUUUAAAAUUCUUUUGUAGUUCAUUUGUAAUUUGGGGGGGAAGGUGAAUAGAACUCCUUUUGGAAUUUGGAAAAGGAACCUGAUGGUUUUCUAAAACAGUUUUUAGUGAGUUUUUUUAAACGUAAUCUCUACAUAUCUUUCAUAGGAAAUACAGUUUGAAAACCCUUUUCCUAGCUUUAUAAAUGAGGGUUUGCUGUAGCUUCCCACACUGUUCCAAGUCUGUCUUUAUAUGCCAAAAAACUGUGAGUAUUUGGCAGGAUAAAAUCAUUUCAAGAUCCAAAAUAAACCAGAAAGUUUUAAACUGGGCUUCAUACCUAUACAAUUCAACAAAACUAAGAAAAUUCUCUCCCCUUUUGUCACUGCCAGAACAAAAUAAUUGCACCCUUUUUCCGAAGUGUAUUUCCGCAUUACUUGAAUGCACAAGGGAGAAAACAAAGGGCUGUAGGGACACAAAAUGCAGCCCAGCAUCUGGAUUGUAGGGAGAUGUCAAGGAAAGCAUGGCAGGGCGUGGUGCUGGUCUGGUCCUUUGGCACUGGAGCAUUCUCCAGGAGAUGUUUCUCCCUCACACCCUAAUUAUAUUAGUGUAGUGUGGGCAGGAGAGGAGAAUACCGAGCCUAUCUCCCACAUCUGUCCUCACACCCGAUUCCUAUGUCUUUGACUCUGACUACAAGAUACGUCAUUCUUCCUUCUCAGUUAACAGGACUUUGUUGCCAUCUAACUCGUUUUAGUCUUUGGAUGCACUAUCUUCAGUAACAUUGCCAAUUUUUUAUCAGUGGUUAUAGUUGAAAUGUAGCCGCACUUUUGCACAUACAUGACGUCGACUCUCCAGAUUCCCUAAGAAUCUUUCAGAACAAAAACACGUCUAUGAAAGUACCUGUACGAAUACGUACCAGGGGCCUGCGUUCUCCUCCACUUAAAAGUGUUCGAGGGGCCUUCUUCGUUCCUCCAGAAUUACCCAGUCACUGUGUUCUCUUCCUCCCCUGAACAAUGUCACUCAGAAAAUGGCUGAAUUAAAGAGACCUGCUUUAACUCUCUUGAUGUAAUUGGUCCCGGCCCGAAGGCUUAAUGUCAUGUGAGAGGUCUCCGUUUUUAUCACUAAAACUGUUAAAUCAUCCUUUUCUUCAGUCUUCAGCGGGAGGUCCUAUCACCUUAAACAGCAAACAGCAACUGUUUCUUUCCAUGACGACCAGUUCGGAUGACUGCCGGAAGCUUCGGCUCCGUUAAUGCGGAGUCUCUCUGUUGUUCAGGCAUUUCUGUCGGGUCCAGCUCUUCAGGCGCGUUUGCCGUUUCCUUCACCAGUUAGUUCAUCCUGCGGAUAAGGGAGCUGACGCAGACGGGCUUGAGCGGCCUUCGCAGGGUCACGCAGCACUCCAAUGAAGCUUCAGACACUGCUAUUUUUUUUUCAAUCAUUUCUUCGACACUAAUGCAUUUGCAUAGCACUUUAAGAUAUCCCGAGCACUUUGCUGACAAAAACCCUCUGAUUCUUGCCAUUACUACUCCCAUUUUACAGGUGAGGAAACGGGCUCUAGGAAGGCAAGGUGCCAGCCAAGAGGUCACCAGGGAGUGAGAAUCUGAGAAAGGGCCCAAACCCAAAUCCCCUCCUUACACUAAACUUAUCCUGCUUCCUGCUAGACGGGCUCACUUCCAAUGUUCAACAGAUGCAAAUGAUUCAUACUCUUCACUUGGGCCUGAGAAAAAAUGUCUCAACGUCUCAUUCAGAACAACAGCAUAGAAUUUGUUUUGUUUUCUUUGUUUGAAAUGGCGUUCGAAUGUGCCGUCUAGGGCUCUCACAGAUGCUGGUCACCAGAAGGUACUGCUCUAAGUUGGAAGGCAGUGACCUCUCCUCAGCUUCCAAAGAGCCCACCACUUGUAACUACAGAUCGAGAGGGUAGACCGGAGGCUUGAGGAGGGCCCGGAGACACUUUGCUAAAGUGCCUGUGGGGAAAGGGUGGCAUCCGAUUCAAUUCAUAGAGAAUGAAAUGACAUCCACAUUUCACAAAAAUCUACCAAGUUCUUUGUAAUUUAAAGGAAGAAGACAAAUGGUUCUUUUACAUGUUAAAGUAGCAUGCUUCUGUAGUUGAGAGCAAGAGUUCCUUUGUGGUGACAUGUGCACUUGUUAGAAGGCAAGAUGCUUUAAGAAAGGCAGCUGUGAGAUACUCAGCAGUUUGCUGAGUUUUGAGGUUUAGGACAUGAAUCAAAUCCUGGCUCUCCCAACUUACUACCUGUGUGACGUCAGGCCUUGCAAGGCUUGAGUUUCCUUCUCUGUAAAACUUGAGGCUUGGACUAGGUGAUGUCGAAGGUGUCUCCUAGCUCUUGAGGCUCUGGGUGGUUGAAUAAAGUUUCUGAGGACUUUCUGACUCAGUGGCCCCGUGGGCAGUUCUCUGAGGUCAUCAUUCUUGAUGGAAGUGUGGGCCAUGUGACAGUCUCGAAUGACUUCAACCAUGUAUUUGGGGGGAAGGUAUAUGAGUUGAGAUCCAGAAGGAUCCCAACAGGCAGGACCAUUUGAGUGGCUCUAGUAAAACGCAUUUCAUCAGGAUGAACAUCAGAUCUUCUACUUGGGCACACAAAAUCAAUUCCAUAUAAGAAGCUCGGGGCUUGUUCUGAAAAAGCUCUGGGGGUCUGGAGGGACUGCCAGCUCAGGAUCAGUCAGCAUUGGGAUGUGCCGAGGCAGCCACAAGACCCUGGCCUACCUUAGGAGGGGCAGAGCUUCCAGGCACAGGGAGGUGUCAGGCCUUCUGUCCUGCGCCCUGAUCGGGCUUCACCUGAACUAUUCAUCUCUGGGCACUGUAGGUUAAGAAAAAUCUUGGAAAACUGGGGACUAUCCAGAGGAGGAUAACCACAAUGGGGAAAGACUUGAGUCCAGGAUGUGUUUAGCCUGGAAAAGAGAAGAUGUAGGGAGGCCACGAGCACCAUAUUCAAGUCUCUGUGGGACUGUCAUGGGCUGCAGAAGGGAUGGGAUUUGUUCUGCUCGGCCUCACAGUGCAGAACCAGGAGCGGUAUGGGCAAGUUGAGGAUGAAUGUCAGGACAGACUCCCCCGAGAGCUGCCCAAAAGGGAAAUGGGUCAUCUCCAGAGAUAGUAAAGUUGAGGCUGGACAGCCACUUGGCAGGGAGGGUACAGGUGUGAUAAAGAACCGAGUCCUUCCCCGCUCUCACCUGUCAUGCCUAUGUGUGCUUCGUCCUUGACAGACUUGUUUUAAAGAAGAAAAAUUCACUUUGUGGGGGAAUGUUGCUUCGAUCUAGGCCAGCAUAAGCUUUCGGGAAGUGCUAUCUUUCUGUUUGGAAGGGUUGUUAAUAGUGAUAUCUCUUUUCUUUUCUCAUUUGUGACAUUUUCCUUCUUGUGGUAGUAAUUUCCUCAGAAAGAAUCAUUCCUGUGGAGUAGGAUGGGCAUGGAUUGACCUCUGCUGGUGACAGUCCAGCGAUGUUUCUACUCAGCAGCCCCACAGCCCUGGUUUAAAUCUGCUUAUGCCUAAGGACUCCUAAAGGAAGGAGAGGCUUCCUUGGGAUUCCCUUAACCCCUGUCACUUCCCUGCUUUGUUUUUUAGAUCUGUGAGCCUUUUGUUUCUCACUUCAGUGCUAAUCAAGCUUUGCCCCAGUUUUCCUUCCUUCUCCAGAAAGACUCAGAAGGCGUUUAUAUAGUAUUUAUUUAUUUAGGACCAAAACUCAGCCAAGGGAUAGCACAUGUGGCCGUGUUGUUGGGUUGAUAUUGGGAUAACAGCAUAAAUCGGAACAUUCUUAGCUUGGUGCUUCUUGGUUGUGGCCGCCAGAAAUGACAGAAAUGUCAGGCAGCACCCAGGAUUAGGGAAGCAGACGUCUGACUGUCCUCUGACCUGGUCACACACUAGUUUAUGCAGAAUCUGGAGAGGGUCCAGAGGAAGACAGCCAGGAUGGUCGAGAGCUUUGGUCUUCUGUGGUACUUCUCCCCAUUCUCUCCUUGUAGUGCCCAGUUUAUUUUGGGGGGGGGGCACACCCUCUGUUGAACCGAUGCCGUCCCUUAUCAGUUUCAUUGUCUAUUAGGCUCCCUCCCCUUCCCUUUGCUCUCAGAGGCCAGGCCGACCAUCUUCAGCAGACAAAACAGGCUUGGUUUAGGAUAUCAGCGGGAAUUCUCCGUGGGGUGUUGGAUCUCUUCUUCAUUCACCUCCAGCAAGGGCAGCAGUGACCACACCAAAAACGUUGCCACUCCUACAGAGGACCAUCCACAAUAAGCAGCCCGCUGACAGCCACUGACCACUAAAUGACGUUUCCAGCAUGCUUUUCCUCCUUUUACCCAUAAAACUGUUUCCCUACAUUUGAUGCUUUCACUGUCUGAGUACCGAACAUCCUCUUCCACACUUUCUUUUUGAAAUCCAGAUGAAUGGUUUUAAAGCUGGCAGGCAAGGCUUCCCUUUCAAGCUCCUGGGAAUUGCUUUUGAUUUGUAGUGAACAAGCUAAGUCUCUUGAAUUUUGUGCCCACAUUUCUGCUCUGCCUCUUUUGAGCUCCUCUCGCCCCUUUCUUGGUUAAGGGUUCUGCCCCUUGCCAUCCAUCCUUUAAGACAGGUCUGUCUCUUCUCUUUCUGCGUUUUUUUAUGAUGUAACCUUUUAUUUUCGGGGCUGUCUUAGUCACAGCAAGCAUUUUAAUCCCUUUUCUGUUCAUUAUUUUCUUUUUUAGCAUAAAAGUAUUUUAUUAUUUUCCAGUUACAUGUAAAAAUAGUUUUCAACAUUUGUUCUCAUGAGGUUUUUUAGUUCCAAAU